AUGAGAGCCACGUCAGCGAUCAGCUUCUUAAGCACCGAGGCCGGAAAAGUGCAAUUGUCGCUUAACUGCGACUGGGUCGGCAACGACAUUGGCCAAGCCGCCGGCAAGAACGACACGUGCGGGAAGCUGUGCCUCAGCCGCGCGGAUUGCACGCACUUCACGUGGACGGCCGAAAACGGCGGCACGUGCCGGCUCAAGGGGGCAAUGAACGCCACUGAACUGGUCCCCACCACUGGCACGUCGUGCGGUUACCGCGUCCGCGACAACGGCGCGAUCGGCAACCCGUACAGGGGAGUUCAGCAGUACCUAAACCCGGAGUACGCGGCGAGCGUGAAAGCCGCGAUGCUCGCGUCUCCCAAAGAUGCGUCUGUUUUCGCGAGCGUGGCGCAGUAUCCGACGGCCGUGUGGCUCGACAAGAUGGCGAAGCUAAACACCAUCCAAGGUCAUCUGGACAACGCUGCGGCUCAGGCGGGGGGAAAGCCGAUUCUCGUGCAAUUCGUGAUAUACGACCUCCCGGGCCGCGACUGCCAUGCGUAUUCGUCUAAUGGGGAGAUUCCCAAGGGCGGCCUCGCCACGUACAAGGCCAAGUACAUCGACGUCGCCGUGGCGCGCCUUAAAAACAAGACGGCGAACGUGCGCCUAUCGCUCGUGAUCGAGCCCGACUCGCUGCCGAACCUCGCGACGAACUUGGGGUCAGCUCAGUGCGACGCGACGACGGAGAAGGAGUACACGGAGGGCGUCGCUUACGCUAUCGCGAAGCUCUCGCAGAUUCCUGGCACGUCGCUGUAUGUCGACUCGGGGGGCGGCGGGUGGCUCGGCUGGCCGAAUAAUAUGAAGGCCGUCGUGACGGUGUACAAGAAAGUCCUCGUGCGCGCGCAGAAGAUCCGCGCAGGCGCCAAGAUCCGCGGCUUCGCGUCCAACGUGGCCAACUACAGCCCGCUCUUUUCCUACCGCUGCCCGGCGGCGGAGAGAUGCCCGCUCGCGAAGCACCCAGGCACGGGCGAGAUGAAUUACGACUGGAACCCGUGCAUCGACGAGAACCGUUUCACCGCACGGAUGAAUGCGUACCUGGGAGCCUUGGGAUUGCCGACCAGGUGGAUCGUGGAUACGAGCCGGUCCGGCCGCGCUGGCAUUCGCAAGCGCUGGGGGUCGUGGUGCAACGUGAAGGGCGCGGGGAUCGGACAGCGCCCCCGCGCGAAUCCCGGCAGUGCUCCGCAACUUUUUUCCACGUCUCUUCUUCUUCCCCCAUAUCUGUAUAUCCUCUGGCCGCCCCUUAAACCGUCGCUCGUCCGUCCCCCCCUCAAUCGCCUCCCGACAUCUCUCGCGUCAGAUGGCGACGUGCCAGCUGUCAAGCGCGCGACGUACCAGCAGCGGAGGGCGGACGAUGCCGCCACGUCACACCCUCACUGGCGCCGCGCGGGUCGAGGCAAUGCCACUGCCGCAGGUUCCGCUGGAGCCAUUGCCACAGGUUCAGCGGCAGCGACUGGUGCAGACUCGGGAGCACAGCCUACUAGCAAGCCUCCCCGCGCCCCUGAGGGCGCGCUGAAGAGGCGGAGGGGGACGGAGUUUGCGCGCAUGGUGGCGGACGCGAAGGCGCUGGGGGCAGCAUGGGGCGUGCCGUGCAAUGACAGUUGCACGCACACCUCCCCACCACACUCACGCCCCUCACCACCUCUCAACCAUCCGCCACUCAAUCAGGAUGUGGUGUGUACGGGGGACUCGGACGCGUUUCUGUUUGGAGCCAAGGCCGUGGUCCGAGACAUCUGCCUGCACAAAGGUGCCAACUGGGCUAUCGCCAUGGGGCUUUUUCUUGGCUCAGACUACUCACAGGGCGUCUCCUCUGCUCCCACUCUUCGUGCCAGGCAAGGAGCGGUGCAGAGGGUGGCAGCACUGGGUGAAGACGGCGUGCUAGCAGCGAUAAGAGAAAGAGGCCUGGCUGCCAUUGCUGCUCCCAAAGCUCGCAGGAGAGUGGGACCCGGCACAGGGGCGCAAGGGAAGAAAGGACAGCAGAGGCGGAAAGGAGUUGGAGGAGGGGAAGGGAGAGGCAGGGGAGAUGUAACAGAAUCGAGAGAGAGCGGUAUGAGUGGUUGUGUUGGUGUUGGUACAGGGGGUGGCAGUGGGGCAGAGGGGAAUCCGUCAGCAGGAGAAGGAGGGCAUGAGCAAGGCGCGAGAGAGAUGGAGGACGGGGGGGAAGAGCAGGCAAGGGAGGAUGCUGCGAGGGUGAUAGAGGCGUUUCUGAAUCCUCCGUGUCACGACGCUGCAUCGGAUGCUGUCAAAAGUGCGUUACAGAAGCACUGCAGCCCUUCAUGUGCUGACAUCGUCGCCUUCUGUGACAGGCACAUGGCAUGGCCUGCUGACGUCACAGCACGGUACAUUGGGUCAAAGCUAGCAGAACGAGACCUCAGGCGCUUGCUGCUGGUGCGGCAGGCAGCGGAGAUCUGUGUGACACCAGGGAAGGAAGCUUCCAGGAAAGCGGAUGAAGUGGGGGGGAUGCUGGAUGGAGUGAGGUACAGGGUGGGCGGCAUAGUGAAGGAGCGGUGGGUGGCUGGGCAUAGAAUGUUUGAGGUUUCAUGGACUGGGCAGCCUGAAGUUGAAAACUCGGUUGUUCGGGCAGAACUGCUCACGAG